GCCACUGAAUAAUGAUAAUAAUGAUCAAGAUGGCUACUACGGAAUCCUCCUUGCGGUAGCUAACCACCAAUUUCAUGGAAGCACUCAAAACUGCGAUUUCCCACAGUUUAAGUCCCUCGUAGGUGACGGGGUCGGUGCCAGGGUCAGUACUAUAUGGAUUAACACGGGCUGGGAGGAGAUAAAAGUCAUUGUGUCGCCUGCUGCACUCAUUCCGAGGAAGCUAGCUAGCAGAGCAGCCAGCUAGCUGUACUUGUCGACCAUCUCCAGGUUUAGAUUUUCAGCCCGCGGCGGCUCAGAGGAGUGCGGCGCUCCCCGUUUUGCGUGCCCGCUCGUCGGACGGAGAGCGUCAAAUGGCAGAGCCGAGGAAAGUGCCGUUCGUCACCAUCUCAUCCUUCAACGCCUCGCCGCCGACCCCGGAGUCCAGCAAGAAACGCCGCCGCGAAGAUGAGGCCGUCGACAUCACUUUUGGGAAAGAUGGAGGUGGAAGUGUCGCGGCGGCAGGGUCAGAAGGAGGCGGAGGAGGUCCGUUUGGGAACGUUACCCCGAAAGGAGGCGAGGGCGAGACCGACGAGGCGAAACCCACCGUGCGCCUCAACCUCCCGCUGACCGAGCCGAAUGAACGAGCGUCCGCGGAGUUCAACUACGGCGAGCUGGUCAACUCAACUCUUUCUCAGGUAAAGCCUGCAGGCUCAACAGUACCUAAAGGACUUGCUCCUCCUUUGGACCCCAAUGACCCCUUUGCUGACGAUGAGAGGGAGAGACGGGAGGUAGAACAGCUGGCCAAGAAAUUUGAGAGCAAAUAUGGUGGGGUCCCAAAGAAGAAGAAAAAGGACAGGAUGCAGGAUCUCAUUGACAUCGGCUACGGCUAUGAUGAGACCGACCCUUUCAUAGACAAUUCAGAGGCUUAUGACGAGCUGGUGCCGGCCUCGCUCACCACAAAACACGGAGGCUUCUACAUCAACACAGGCACUCUGCAGUUCAGAGCAGCGUCCGACUCUGAGGGAGAAAAUGCAGGCACGGAGGAUAAUCACUUCAAGAAGAUGAAAGAUGGCGAGGAGCGGGUGAUAAAGAAACGUCGGAAAAAGCAAGAUGGUGGAAUUCUGGAGGACAAGAAACCCAGAAAAAACAAAGUACCAAAGUCCGGAGUUUCAUCCCUGAAUAUUCAUCGGCCAGAAAAGAAAAAGAGGAAGAAGCUGAUGAAGGACUCGAUCCACCUGGCCAACAUGCUGCGGCGCUUCACCAGGGAGAAGGAGGAGAUGCGCAAGAAGAACAUGGCUGCAGCCGGCCUGCCACGACCCGCCACCAAAGUGCCCAACACCAACAGUGCACUCCUCAACACCCAUUCCAAGGCUGCUGGCAGCAACGACUGCAACAUGUCUGACCUGGCCGCCGACCCCGCUGUGAUGUCGCUGCUGGGCUCGGCCAAUAACGACAUUCUGCAGGACAUGAUGGGUGACCUGGACUUCGGGAUGCUGGACUCUCCUCAGCCCUCUAGUCCAGUGCAGGGAGAGAACGGCUCCUUUGGGAUGGGACAUAAAGCAGGUGCUAGCAGACUGUCACAAGGUAACGUGAUGACCCCUCCUCCUCUGCCCAGUGGACUCCCAGGCCCCCUCGCAAAGCGCAUCGAAGAUCUGAGAGCGGCGUCCCGGCUGUUUGACGAAGAGGGCAGGAAGAAAUUCUUCACAUUGGACAUGAACAACAUCCUACUGGAUAUUGAGCUGCAGGUUCAGGAGCAGCCUGCAGAGGUGCGUUCAGCCGUCUACUCUCACCUGGAGGCCUUCGUGCCCUGCAAUAAAGAAGCCCUGCUCAAACGCCUUAAGAAGCUCAGCCUCAACAUACAGGAUGACCGCCUCCGAACGCCCCUGCUGAAGCUGAAACUGGCAGUGUGCAGUGUGAUGCCGGAGCAGAUUGCUCGAUACAACAUGGACUGUAUCGCUAAAGUGGCAAAGCAGCAGUCUGAGGAGGGAGAAAAGAACGGGUCAGAGGAUGAUGAUGAGGAGAAACCAGGGAAGAGGGUGAUGGGCCCUCGAAAGAAGUUUAUCUGGGAUGACAAACUCAGGUUGCUGCUGUGUAACCUGGUGCGGGUGAAACUGGGCUGCUAUGAGCUGGAGGGCAAGAACACGCUGUCUCUCGAAGACUACCUUAAAGCCUUCAUGGAGACUGAAGUCAAACCUCUCUGGCCUAAAGGCUGGAUGCAGGCCAGGAUGCUGUUCAAAGAGAGCAUCAUGGCUCAUGGUCACCUCACAGGCUACACAGCAAAAAAGAAGAUGGUCUCUACCCCCAAGGCCAAGCCAAAGGAGGCAGUGUGGGUUCAGCGGUCCACACCUUCAGCCACUCCCUCGCCUGCAGCCCAGGUUGCCAAGCGGCCACCUCAGUCACCGUCUGAGCCCAUAUGUCUCGAUUCCCUGGACGAGGAUCUGACCGCUCCCUCCCUGGAUUCUAUCUCCCAGGCCCUGGCCAUCCUCGGCAACGCAGCCAAGGGCCUGGCCCACGGGGACAGCCCCCCGUCCCCAGAUGGACCCAAGACUGCCACCAACCCCUCUUCUCUCCACUCCUCGCCUCUCCUCCAGCAGCAGAAAAAGAGCUCUGUCAGCACUCCCAGCUCCAAUGCACCUCACUACAUCUCUACCUCUUCGUCUUCCUCCACCUCUCUGUCUCGGCCUCCUUCCAUCACGUCCUCUCCUCUGACCUCAGUGAGGAUGGAUGGGAUGGGGGUGAUUAAGGGCACGGUUCAGGCGCACAGACAUUCAGUGUUGACCACUCAGAGACCUUUGAGUGUGGGUGUGGCUAAAGCCAACAUGCCCACCUCAUCGUCGUCACCUAAACCGCGUCCCCCGCCCACUGCGUCUCCGCUCAUGGCCCCAGGAUUAAAGACGGGGGUCUCUGCUCCCCCAUCUGGCCUAAUCAAAGGCAGCAAUAAUAAUAAAGCCACGAGUAGUGACACUCUCAUCUUCACAUCGCCUCAGUCUCGGCCCCUCCCAUCUCCCUCACACAUGACCAUCAAAACCUUCCAGACACCUCGCCUGCCCCAGGCCCCACAGAGUAAGUCCUCCCUCUCUCAAACACUCACGGGAGUUCAGCCCCAGCCCCGGCCUCAGUCUAACUUCAUCACCCCUAUGCACGCUACUCUCACCAAGUCCACCCACAGCAGCAUCCCGCCGAUCGUCAAACUCACUCCCCGCACCCCUAACCCUACCGUAACCACUAUCGCCUCACCCUCCAUCUCUCAAAGCCCCAGGUCUCAGGCAACCCCCUCCAUACACCAGUACUCGCCCAAAACCCCAGCAGGGUUCCGCCCGCAGUUCUCAGGUGCCCAAGGAGGCGCAAUCAAGCCGGGGCAAGGCGGCUACACUCCCCCAGGCAGCCAGAAGACCCCCAACAACAACAGCACCACCAACACCAGCCUUAUUAACACCAUAUCCAUAAGCAAGCAUUCAGGAUCCAGUGCCUCCCCCACAACGGCCUCUGCCAACCCAGGCCAGCGUCAGAGGCCCGGGGGCGGGACACCUCAGGGGGCCAAGCCAGUCGCGUCUGUCCCAUCGUCAUCUGUCUCUUCACAGUUGCCACAGGUCUCCACAGCAGGUAGCGGCAGUCUGCUCGGCUCAGCCUCGACUCUUCCCCUGGGGUUUGGGAUGCUGGGGGGCCUGGUGCCCGUAUCCCUGCCCUUCCAGUUCCCCUCGCUGCUAAACCUGCCUCCACUGGGUACAGCAGGCUCCAGUACAGCAGCCGGCUCUGCAGCCAGUAGCAAUGCAUCAUUCUCUACCCUGACCCAGAAUCUGUAUAAGAGUCUCCAGUCAGGGUCUCAGGUUGCUCUGCCUCCUCACUUGCAGCUCGCUUUCUCAGAUGUCAGUCAGAGCCAGGGGGGAGACGCUAAGAGGAAGACUCUAUGAUACAGCUGGACUUAAACACUCAGCGGAUGCAGUCUUAUGAAAUGACAACAUGUUGGACAAAUCAGGAUCAUGGAACGUGACUUUGGAAGACCGAUGGACAGACCACAUGUGAUAGGGGUCUGAAAUGAGGACCGGGUUACAUACUUACUUGAUCUGCUCAACUUUUCAUGAACAUCAGUUAAAUAUAACUUUUUAAAAUUAUUUGAUAACUUUUGAAAUACUAUUCUUCAUAGAAUUGUUAAAUUAAAUGACAAAUACAGUUUGUCAAUGUUUACAAGAUAGACCUAUAUCACUGUGGACAGGGAGAAGGUAUGAAUGGGAUUUUUAGCUGUGUGAAUGUGCGUGUAUGAGGAUUUGAAUGCGUUUGGUUUGUGGGAUUGAAAGUGUGCCUUUGUAGGUCUCCUCCCUCUUUGAUGCAUGGUCAGUGUAUCUAUUUGGUGCUGUUUUUAUCAUAAUGUAAUUAUCACUGAUACCUGUAAGAAAUGUAAACUGCAAAUUGAAUGAACUGGGUUUUUUGUCAACAAGAGCCGUACACUUUUUCAUUGUUCUUGAAUUCGUUUCUGUAUAGAACUCAAACCUACUUUUAAUUAAAAUCUUUCCCCUUCACAA